AUGUCGGGCGCGUUGAGCCUCCUCCCCCGCCUCGGCAGGACGAUCGGCGACAGCCGCACGACGACCGCCGCGACGACCGCCGCGACGACCGGCGAGACGUCGGGCGUGUCGAGCCUCCUCCCCCUCCCCGGCAGGACGAUCGGCGAAAACCGGACGAUCGGCGGCAGGGGCAUACGGAUUAUAGGGACGACCAUCAAAACGCCCGCCCCGAAGGCGGUCGAGGCGAUGUCAGGCGCGACGACCACCGCCAGGACGACCGCGCGGCCACAGGGCGCAACGACUACCGGCGAGAGGACCGUGCUGCGGCCCCUAGGCGCGACGACUACCAGCGGGACGACCGAGGGGCCGCUGGGCGCGGCGACUACCGGCAGGACGACCGGGGGGCCGCUGGGCGCGACGACUACCGGCGGGACGACCGGGGGGCCGCCGGGCGCGACGACUACCGGCGGGACGACCGGGGGGCCGCCGGGCGCGACGACUACCAGCGGGACGACCGGGCAGCCCCUGGCCGCGACGAUAGGCGCGGUGACGAUAGGCGGGAGGACCGUGCAGGCCCAGGGCGCGACGCCUGGCGGGAGGAUCGCCGAGGGGAGCCCGCCCGUGACGAGCACCGUCGGGGCGACGGGCAGGACCGGCGAGAGCUUCGCCGGGCCGACUACAGGCCGGGCGAGCCCCGGCGGGACGAGCGGCGGGAGGAGCGCCAGGACCGGACCGCGGCGACGCCAGAUGGAGCGAUAG